AUGGCACCGCCCCGGGCGGCGGUGAAGUCCGCCAAGUCCAAGGCCAGCUUCGCCCCCGCGGCGGAGGCGCGGCCGCCCACGUCGGGCGUGAAGAAGCACAUGGUGCAGCUGGACGCCGAGGAGGACCGCGCGAACAUCGACGACGUCAACGCGAAGCUCGACGGCAUGCGGGAAGCCCUGGAGGUCUUCCUGGCGUGGAAGGACGACGUUCUGCGCAACGUGCACCUCGAGCCGCACACCAUGAUGAGCCUCGUGCUCGUUUCGUCGCGCAUCUACCUGGCCUUCCACGAACUCGAGCGCGCGUCUCUGACGGUCGCGCACACCCUCGAGCGCGGCAUCGAGCAGGGGAAGAACCAAGAACUCUGGUUCGCAGGUCCCGCGACCGAGGUCGACACCUCUGGCCCGGUGAACCAGGCGCUGGUGUGGUGGCUCCGCUUCGCCGCGAAGCUGCGCAUUCGCCAGGGCGCGUCGGAGAAGAUCAAGCGCAUGGGCGAGCUGUCCCGGAAAGUCGACGUCCUCGAGUACGAGAACCGAGCACUGGAAAGCGAGCUCAACGUGUUCCGGGCGCCGGAACGGCUCGCGAACGAGGGCACGCUGGUAGUCCAGGAGGCGAAGAAGGCUUCGCACGGCCACUCGGGCGGGAAGGGGGCGUAUUGGGAGCAGCCAGACCUGCAGGAGAUUGCCGCGCUGUUGGACGAGCUGGACGGGCUGGGGAGCGCGGAGGACGCCGGGCGCGACAUACGGCGGCGGGGGAAGAGCAUGUCGACGGGCGGGCGGCGGCGGAGCCGCGCGGUCUCGCUCGCGAUGGGCGGCGGUGCGGAGGGAGCGGAGCGGUCGCGGCGCGGGAGCGUCGCGGGGGCAGCGAGCCUCCCGGACGCCGGGGACGGGUCCGACGACGGCACGCUCGUGCCGGCGAUGUCAAUGGACGACCCGGAGGCGUUCGAGGAGGGGCAGGAGGCGGAUAUCACGAGGAAGAAGAGCCUGAGGAAGCCGAAGAGUUCCCAGGCCAGGCGCGGGCGGCGCGUGACGCUGCAGGCGGCCCCGGAGGUGUUCGAGGGCGCGCCGGCGUCGGCGGGGGGUCUCGGGAGCGACGCGGAGGGCGCGGCGAGCGUCCGGCCGUCGCUGGACCCGUCCGUGAUCGAGCCACCCCCGCUCGAGGAGUCGCCAAAGCCGAAACCUCGAUUGCCGUCGCCGCGGUGCAUCUCCGAGUACAGCUUCAAGCCGGGGACGCUCCAGGCCAUGAAUUACUGCACGUACGACUCGCUGCUCGAGCUCAGCGCCAAGGCCGACGAGGAGCACGAGGCCCGCAGCUCGACGGACUCGGAGCACAGCGGGCCGCAGGACCCCCCCCCGCGCAGCAAAGCAUGGGGGGCGUGCUGGCCGGGAUCGGCGCCGGGCUGGCGUCCAAGGCGCGGGAGUCGGGGCACGGCGGCGGGUGGGCGGCGCCGCCGGAGAAGGACCCGGGCGACCUUGCGCGGCCGGAGCUGA